GCAACGAAAAAGCAAAAAAAAAAAAAAAGAAGGAUGGAGAAAUUGAAGCUUUGCAUUGUGGUGUUAGCUUGUGUUGUGGCAUCGGUGGCUGCCCAAAGUGCAUCGAACGUGAGAGCUACUUAUCACAUUUAUAACCCACAGAAUAUAAACUGGGACUACAUGAAGGCAAGUGUUUUCUGCGCCACAUGGGACGCCGGUAGGCCCUUGGCAUGGCGUCGCCGAUAUGGAUGGACAGCCUUUUGUGGCCCUGCUGGUCCUCGAGGUCGACCUUCUUGUGGCAGAUGCUUAAGGGUGACUAACACCGCGACCAGAGCUCAGGCGACCGUGAGAAUCGUGGAUCAGUGCAGCAACGGAGGCCUGGAUUUGGAUGUUAAUGUGUUUAAUCGACUUGACACUAAUGGGCGUGGCAAAGCUAAUGGGUUCCUCACAGUCAACUAUGAAUUUGUUAACUGUGGUGACUAAAUGAGUUCCAGCAUUGGCUCAUUAAUAAAUGCUUGGUAAUACCAAAUAA